UUAAUAUAAGUCGAGAGUAUAAAAUCUCAUAUGACGUAUCCCGAGAAAGCGGGUUUGCGCGUCACGUGAUCACUUUUGUCGAUCAUUCCCUCCUCUUCUUUCACCUGCUAAGCUUUACUGCAGAGUGUUCUCUUGUCAGCUCUUCAAAAUCUUAAUAGUUUUUAUUUAAUUGACGACUUUUGAGCAAUCAUGCCUAAGGACAAGACUCAUAUCAAUAUUGUGGUUAUUGGCCACGUAGAUUCUGGUAAAAGUACCACCACAGGUCAUCUCAUCUACAAAUGUGGAGGUAUCGACAAGAGAACAAUCGAAAAGUUCGAAAAAGAAGCCCAAGAAAUGGGAAAAGGUUCAUUUAAGUAUGCUUGGGUAUUGGACAAGCUCAAAGCAGAAAGAGAACGUGGUAUCACCAUUGAUAUCACUCUGUGGAAAUUUGAAACAUCUAAGUAUUACGUAACUGUCAUUGAUGCUCCAGGCCACAGAGAUUUCAUUAAGAACAUGAUUACUGGCACUUCUCAGGCUGAUUGUGCUGUAUUAAUUGUUGCUGGAGGCACUGGUGAAUUUGAAGCCGGUAUCUCAAAGAAUGGACAAACCAGAGAACACGCUUUAUUAGCUUACACACUUGGUGUAAAACAAUUGAUUGUUGGAGUAAACAAAAUGGACACAACUGAACCACCAUUCAGUGAGUCUCGUUUUGAAGAAAUCAAAAAAGAAGUAUCAGCCUAUGUAAAAAAGAUUGGUUACAAUCCAGCCACAGUUCCAUUUGUUCCCAUCUCUGGCUGGAAUGGAGAUAACAUGUUAGAGCCAAGUUCAAAUAUGCCAUGGUACAAAGGGUGGUCUAUUGAAAGGAAAGGAAACAAAUCCGAUGGCAAGACUUUAUUGCAGGCGUUAGAUGCUAUGGAGCCACCUUCACGACCAUUAGAUAAACCUCUCCGUUUGCCUCUGCAAGACGUUUACAAAAUUGGAGGUAUUGGAACGGUGCCUGUCGGAAGAGUUGAAACUGGUAUUUUGAAACCGGGUACAGUUGUUACAUUUGCUCCUGCUAACAUCACCACUGAAGUUAAGUCUGUUGAAAUGCAUCACGAGUCUCUCACUGAAGCUGUACCAGGAGACAAUGUUGGUUUCAAUGUUAAGAACGUUUCCGUCAAGGAAUUGCGUCGUGGUUUCGUUUGUGGUGACAGCAAAGACACUCCUCCUAAGAGCACUGAAAAAUUUACUGCUCAAGUUAUUGUAUUGAACCAUCCUGGUCAGAUUUGCAAUGGCUACACUCCAGUUUUGGAUUGCCACACGGCUCACAUCGCCUGCAAAUUCCUUGAGAUCAAAGAGAAAUGCGAUCGUCGAUCUGGCAAAAAAUUAGAAGAUAACCCCAAAUUCAUCAAGUCUGGUGAUGCUGCAAUUGUUGAAUUGGUACCAAGCAAGCCCAUGUGUGUUGAGACCUUCACUGAUUUCCCACCUUUGGGACGUUUCGCUGUCCGUGAUAUGAGGCAAACUGUCGCUGUAGGUGUAAUCAAGUCAGUUACUCCUAAGGAUCUCUCUGGUGGUAAGGUCACAAAGGCUGCUGAGAAAGCUCAAAAGAAGAAAUAACUAUCCGUGGGCAGCAAGACAGACCUGCCACGGUAUGAACUUGCAAGCUCUUACAAUGACUUUUGUUCUAUUUCCAAUGAUUUUGUUAAGAUUAAGUAUAAUCUUAAGUUACCUUUUCAGUUUAAACUCAAUGGAAGCAUUAUUUUGUCGCGAGUCAUACUAUUGUUUCUUAGCCCUUGGUUGCUUUGUCAUAUGUGUCAUCGUAAAGAGUUUCGCAGGAAAAAGCUGUAAUACGAUUAAUAUCUUUAAUGUAUUGCUGUUGCUUCAAUAAUAAAUAAAUGUUUAAAAACCAA